CGAUCUCCCUUACUGCUUUGCGUGUUUUUUUUUGUUGACAUGUCGAGGCACUGUGCAGCCAUGCCAAAGGACUCAAAGGAGACGCGUCACAGACUGGGGAGGGAAAAGAUUUAAGAGCCAUAUUGUUCUUUGCAGUCCUCUUCUUUCUUCCCCCUUCCACUACUUCUUAGCGGGAAUAGAUCUCCCAUCGGAGAUGCUUCUCCUCUACCAAACGUCUGUGUUAUUCUUCCCCGCUCGAACCAACUCGCGCCAGCGCGUUUUGUCUGCCGGUGGAAACCGUUGCCACCACAUGGUAUUUUCCCUUGGAACACACCGCCGAUUUCUCACUGUGGUGGCGAAGGCGGCGCCGGCGGGCGACGUCGACACGUUUACCAAGUACUCGGGAUAUCUGUUUGAGAAUGGCGUGUUAUCAGAGGCGGAGUUUUUGACCGAAUACGACCUACGGUCGAUUGCAGCUAUCUAUCGCCGGAAGCCGUUCCUGGUCCUUCGCCGCUUCGUCCAGAUUGGGACCAAGUUCGGCCGGUGGUUUGCCGUACGCUACAUUGAUAGGUUGCUUGAACGCUCUGAUGAAAUGUUUAAGAUUAGGGCUAGUGAGUUGCGCAUGAUAUUGCUUGAACUUGGCCCGGCAUUUGUCAAAAUUGCUCAAGCUGUAUCAUCUCGUCCAGAUGUUAUUCCACCUGCAUAUUUGAACGAGCUUUCAUUGUUGCAAGAUCAAAUAGCCCCCUUUUCAACAGAACUUGCUUUUAACAUAAUGGAAAAGGAGCUAGGUUUACCAAUUGAUGGCCUUUUCUCAGAAAUUUCACCAGAACCAGUUGCAGCUGCUUCACUUGGACAGGUUUAUCAAGCCAGGCUUUGUACUAGUGGGAAGAUUAUUGCUAUCAAAGUACAGAGGCCUGGAGUGCAGGCAGCAAUUUCAUUGGAUAUUUAUAUCCUCCGCUAUCUUGCAGGCUUGAUUAAGAAAGCAGCCAAGUUGAAUACCGAUCUUCAGGCCGUGCUUGAUGAAUGGGCAUCAAGCCUAUUUCGGGAGAUGGAUUACAGAGAAGAAGCAAAAAAUGGUCUUAAGUUCAGGAAGCUAUAUGGGAGGCUACAGGAUGUUUUCGUGCCAGAAAUGUAUGCGAACCAAAGCAGCCGUCGUGUCCUUCUUAUGGAAUGGGUAGAGGGGAAGAAGUUAGCGGAUGUCAAAGAUCUUUAUCUAGUAGAGGUUGGAGUUUAUUGCUCACUUUCCCAGCUUUUAGAAUAUGGAUUUUAUCAUGCUGAUCCUCAUCCUGGAAAUCUUCUUCGAACAUCUGAUGGGAAGCUAGCAUAUUUAGAUUUUGGAAUGAUGGGGGAGUUUAGGCAAGAACUCCGUGAUGGAUUUAUUCAAGCAUGUCUUCAUCUUGUUAACCGAGAUUUUGAUUCUUUAGCAAAGGACUUCGUUACUCUUGGGCUUCUUCCUCCCACUGCACAGAAGGAUGAAGUCACGAAAGCGCUGACAGAUGUAUUCGAAGAUGCUGUCAACAAAGGAGUCCGCAAUAUAAGUUUUGAAGAUUUGUCUGCAAAUCUGGGUCUCACCAUGUACAAGUUUAAAUUCCGAAUACCCUCAUAUUUCUUUCUCGUGAUUCGAAGCCUUGCAGUUCUGGAGGGUAUUGCAAUUGGUUUCGAUCCAAAUUACAAGGUUUUGAGUAGCUCAUAUCCAUGGAUUGCAAGAAAAGUGUUAACAGAUAGCUCUCCACAACUCCGAUCUACAUUACAAACCCUUCUUUAUAAGGAAGGCGUUUUCAGGAUUGAUCGUUUGGAGUCACUGUUAAUCGAGUCACUUCGUGCAAAAAACGAGCAGUCUUUUGCUAGGAGUCAACUUGAAAGUACAGAUUCAUCUGCCGCAAUGAAGCAAGCUGUAUCUUUUACCCUGUCUGCAAAAGGUGCAUUCGUAAGGGAAAUUCUUCUCCAAGAAUUUGCCAAGGGAUUAGAUGCACUAAGCUUGGCGACCAUGAAUUAUGUCUCAUCAUCCACUUCAAUAAUACCGUUUUCAUCAGUUCCAAUGGCUGAUGAAGAUCGCAAUAACUUGAGAACCUUAAGUCGUCUUAUCCUACUUCUGUACAGGCUUCAGAAACAAGAUUAUACAAGCGCAGAAUCAAGAGUUGCUAAUGAUGGAAAUGAAAUAAAGGUGGGCAUGGAAGAGGUCUCCAUGGUUCUUUAUCAAAUGACAUCUGUCCAAGAUAUUUUGCCUAUUUUUUCCAUCAUCCCAGAGCUUCCAGUGGAGUCUCAACAGGAACUAGUUCGCCUGCCGGCUGAUUUGGCUGCUAGGUUGGUUUCCAGGAUGGUGGCAAGGACCAUCAGAAGGUUCUUUACUUAGGAAAAUGAUCGGCUUAUCUCCACAAAUGACCAAAAUACAGUAAUAUAAAUGUUUCUCAUUCCCUAUGCUUGGGUCUUCGGCUCAGAGAUGAAGCUGGUUCAAUUCAUAGCCUGCGGAAAAAUUGUUCUUACUCGUUCCAGAGUUGAAAAGCCUAUUAAGGUGAGAUGGAAUUUACGUUUAUUUUAGUGUAAUAUCCAUUAUAGCUUAUAGUGUAUUUUUGUCGCCAAGUUUUUUUACAGUAUUGUGUUGUAAUCAUAAGAAGCUUUGAGUAGCAGAUUUUAAUAUGAUAGUCCAUUAUUAGUUUUAUUA